GGGAAGGUGAAUUAAAGGAAGUGACAGGGCAGACAGGUGGGUACUUCAGCAUCUCCAGCUCCUAGCCCAGGUUUGUACUGGUUGGGGGUGGGGGUAGGGAGCGCUCUCUGCCAAGGGCUAGCCUCUUGCAAGGUGGCCAGCCCGGCUCUGGGCAGAGCAUUUCCCAUGCACAGGUGCACGGUGCAGAGUGCUAGUGCUCUGUGCCCGGCCCCACCAUCCUAGCUCACCUUCAUCCUGGGGGAUGACGGUCACAGUCCCCAGGGGACCCUCCCCAAAGGCCCAUCACCCUCCCCAGGGCAUGCCAGGGCCGGCCUCAAAGGGGAACGUGAAAGGAACACCAGUUAUCCCAUGGGUCCCUAUUGGAGACCCUUGCCCUGCUCUCUGAGAGCUAGGCCACCCCAAAAUGGAAGAAGGGGAGGGAUGGGGGCCUGGGCCGCCACUUCCCACUUCUCCUCCAGGCCCUCCCUUUGCUGCCCGCUCACCAAGGCACUUUAGCCAAGCUGCUGCCAAGCACGCUCUGUGCCAGGACAGAGACUGGGCCUGGGGGUUGGGGGAGGGGACUGGGGACCCUCUGGGCCAGCAGCUGCCAGAGGUCCUGGAGCCCCUGGCCUGCCCUUUGGAGAGCCUAAACCCCCCAGGAGACAACCGGCUAGCUCUGCUGGGUGGUGGAAGACGUGGGGGAGCUCGCCGGAUCUGUCCCCCUCGGGGGCCCGCGGGCCACACAAUAGCCCCAGGCUGCUGCUCCCUGGCUUAAGUGGUUGCCUGGGCAACAACUGGGGCCAGUUUCCACCAAUCCUCGGCAGAGGCUGGAUCAGGGGGAGGGAAGCCGGCCGGGAAGGGGGGCACCAUCCCUUGUGCUGAAUCCUAUAUAAGGAGGAGGGAUGUGAGCGCAGUGGUCUGCGCUUCGCUGCCCCUCCAGUGAGCUCAGGGGCGGGGCACGAAGAUGCUUCGCUUGGGCUGUGCCAAGCCUGGGUCCUGGGCCAGCUUCUGGGCCGUCCUGACCUUGGUGGGUCUGGCCACUCGAGCCGCUCAGAGAGCCGAUGUUGGUGGCGAGUCCACGGGCACCUCCAUCAACCACUCCCAGACGCUGCUCCAACGCUUGCAGGAGCUGCUGCGGCAGGGCAAUGCCAGCGACGUGGUUCUGCGGGUACAGGCCGCGGGGACGGACGAGGUCCGCGUGUUCCACACGCACCGCCUGCUGCUGGGCCUACACAGCGAGCUCUUCCGGGAGCUGCUGAGUAACCAGAGUGAGGUGGUGCUUCAGGAGCCCCGGGACUGCGCUGCUGUCUUCGACAAGUUCAUCAGGUACCUGUACUGCGGCGAGCUGACCGUGCUGCUGGCCCAGGCCAUCCCCCUGCACCGGCUGGCCACCAAGUACGGCGUGGCCUCCCUGCAGCGCGGCGUGGCCGACUACAUGCGGGCGCACCUGGCGGGCGGCGCGGGCCCUGCGGUCGGCUGGUACCACUACGCGGUGAGCACCGGGGACGAGGCCCUGCGCCAGAGCUGCCUGCAGUUCCUGGCCUGGAACCUGUCGGCCGUGGCGGCCAGCGCGGAGUGGGGCGCCGUGAGCCCCGAGCUGCUGGCGCAGCUGCUGCCGCGCUCGGACCUGGUGCUGCAGGACGAGCUGGAGCUGUUCCACGCGCUCGAGGCGUGGCUGGGCCGCACCCGCCCUGCCCCGGCUGUGGCCGAGCGCGCACUGCGGGCCAUCCGCUACCCCAUGAUCCCGCCGGCCCAGCUGUUCCAGCUGCAGGCGCGCUCGGCCGCCCUGGCGCGCCACGGCCCCGCGGUGGCCGACCUGCUGCUGCAGGCCUACCAGUUCCACGCCGCCUCGCCGCUGCACUUCGCCAAGUUCUUCGACGUCAACGGCAGCGCCUUCCUGCCCCGCAACUACCUCGCGCCCGCCUGGGGCGCCCCGUGGGUCAUCAGCAACCCGGCCCGCGACGACCGCAGCACCAGCUUCCAGACGCAGCUGGGCCCCAGCGGCCACGACGCGGGCCGCCGGGUCACCUGGAACGUGCUCUUCUCGCCGCGCUGGCUGCCCGUCAGCCUGCGGCCCGUCUACGCGGACGCCGCGGGCACCGCGCUGCCCCCCGCACGCCCCGAGGACGGCCGGCCGCGCCUGGUGGUCACCCCGGCCAGCAGCGGUGGCGACGCGGCCGGCGUGAGCUUCCAGAAGACGGUGCUGGUGGGGGCGCGCCAGCACGGCCGCCUGCUGGUGCGCCACGCCUACAGCUUCCACCAGAGCAGCGAGGAGGCCGGCGACUUCCUGGCGCACGCGGACCUGCAGCGCCGCAACUCCGAGUACCUGGUGGAGAACGCCCUGCACCUCCACCUCAUCGUCAAGCCCGUCUACCACACCCUCAUCCGGACCCCCAAGUAGCCAGGCGGGCCGCGGCGGGGAGGGGCGCGCACCAUCCGGGGUGCUCAGGCCGGUCCCCUGGGUGGCCCGGUGCUGGUGGCCUCGGAGCUGGGGUGCAGGGUGGUGCAGCAGGUGCCCCGUUUCACAGCUGCCUCGGAGGCUGCGCUCUUGGUUGAAUAAAUCGAUGCUCAGAGAGCAGAGGAGGGGAUGAUUGUACCACCCAGUUCCAGGUAAAAGCAGCCCUCCUAGGUAUGCGGGUUCCCCCAUCUUUCAUUAGCUUUUACCCAGGGCCCCCACCCCCACCUGGAACAGGGCAGGUAAGAGCAACGACAUGGGCCAGCCUGGGAAAACUGGGGGUGGGGGGUGGGGGACGACUCCAGGACCUCUUGCUCAAGUUUUCUCACCUUGAAGCCACGAGGCUUACUUAGCUGGGCAGUUUCAGAGCCCUGAUUUCCAGAGGGUACCACCUCCCACCCCCGUCUAGGUAAUUAGGCUUUUUAUGGUCUGAGCCACCCCAGGUCUCUGACCUCCCAUGGGAGGGAGCGAGGAAGGUGUGAAGGCUUGUGGGGUGGGGCAUGAACGGACUUUGCCGUCCUCACCCUUCCUAGGAACCGGCUAGAGGAAAAACCCGUCCCCUCCCCCUCAGGUGUUUGUAGGUUGGUGCAGUGUCACCAGCCACAGGGGGAUGGGGUGUCGGGAGGGAGGAGGAAGGCAGCUGGGUUGCCUCUUAAUCAGUCAUGGCCCCCCUUACAUUCCAGACAAGGUCUGGUUUCCAA